GCCAAAUAUGUGCAACUUUUAAGGCUCCCUGACCAUGGGCCAAUAGAAUGUCAACAUGUCCGCAACAAAUAUCAACAAUUUAAAUUUCAACUUACUACUUGAUGAGAUUGAAUCGGGUAGCAGUGGCUCGUUAGCAAAUGUUAUUCGCAAGCUACGAGAGAGUGAGUUGGCAGCUUUCAAAGCUCGCAUAGGAGGUCCAACAGGUGAACUACUAGCUAGUUUCAUAGCAUCUCUUGAUCUGCGCGCAUCAGAGCAUAAUGCAGAAAUAGAAAAGACGUGCAGCUAUCACUACCAAAGUUUCGUUGAUUCCACACGUGAAUUACUUGAAAUCCAGCAAAAUGCAGAGAAGCUUGAAAACGAUUUACAAGCACUAAAUGUGGAGCUGGAAGUUACAGUUAAUAAGUUUAGUGAAUCGUGUGACAAAUUAGCCGCCUGUAAACUCACUUUGGAUCAUGUCAAUCAAUGCAUUGAGGCAAUUCAAAUCAGUCUUCCGAUAUUAGAACAAUACUCUCGCAUUGAGCAAAGUAUUGCUGACGGAAGGUACUAUCAUGCCUUGAAAAAUCUUGAAGACCUAGAGCAUUCUCAACUGGAUCUAAUUCGCCCGUUCGCCUUUUCUGAAAUCAUCAUUCAUCGCAUACCGAAAACAAGAACGAGAAUCAAGAAUGCAAGUCUUGAUGAAUUAACUGAUUUUCUUGAAUACAUACGGAAAAAUUCAAUAGUUCUUGGUGCAUUUGCUAUGCGAGAAGCAGCACAAGUAUCUGGAAUAGAUAGUGAAGCACUUUGCGAUACCUUGGCAGUUAAUGGAUACAAAGAAGCACAGGAUGUAAGCAAAAAACCAAAUAACGAAUCACAACAACAAGUGAUGUUGAAAUCGUUAGUUCACAAAGCAUCCGUUAAUACGAAUACUGAUAGUUUAGAUAAUGAAUUAGAAAUGUUAACUCAAAUUGUUACAAAUAAAAAUCAUCCAUGGAUUACCAAUGAUGAUCAUGGUGAAACAGAAAUGACAAUAAAAACUCAAAUAAAUGUUAAUAAUGACGGUGAUUGUUGUAAUCGAACAUAUUCAAAAGUGGAGGAUUUAGUCGAUUUCGGACCAGUAUAUCGAUGUUUGCAUAUUCAUUCUGUAUUGAAUGAACGAGCGGAAUUUGAACGACAUUAUUGUACUCAACGACGAAAACAGUGUCAAUUAAUUUUGAGUUUAUCACCAAAUCAACAAGUUGAAAUGCGUAAUUAUGGUGAAUUUUUCAGUGGAAUUUGUGGAUUUUUUGUAGUUGAUGAUUUUAUUCGUCAUACAUUAUCUGGUUCAUCAGUAUUUUAUCAAACAUAUUUAGAUGAAUUAUGGGUACAUACAGUGAAUCGUUUAAUAGAUUUUGUGCAUGUUAAUGCAAAAUCGUGUGAUUCACCAAAUGAUUUAAUUAAAUUAAAAGAUUAUUUAAUUAUUUUUGAAAGAACUAUGCAAAAUUUAGGCUUCCCAAUAACUGGUCUAACUGAAACAAUUGGUAUUGUUCAGCGGUACUAUCAUAGACUAUUAGCUAGUCAAUGGAAGUCUAAGUUUGAAACAAUAAUUGCUGAAGAUAGCUAUGAAACAAUUAAAAUAUCAAAUUCGGAACAGUUAGCUGAAUUCCUUGAAAUGUAUCCACCAGGCGAUACAGUUGAGUUUUCUGAACUUCCAUUUCCUAAACAGUUGUGCUUUUCAUGGAUGGUACCUAAAAUUUAUCAAACUGUUCGUGAAUACAUUAAUUUGUGUUAUCGGUUUUGUGAAAAUAUGGAUUUAGCAUACACAGAACUAGAGGAUACAAUUAAUCGUGCUACAAAUUUCCUAUUCAGUCAAUGUUUAAAUACAGUUUUAACUUCGGGCGUUCGUUCAUCUUUACGUCAAUUACCUCGACUUACGCAAUUCUGUAUAAAUUUGGAUGAGUUAGAAACAGUUUGUGGGCAUUUGGAUAACUAUCUUCAAUACACCUUGCUAGAUGAGGCUUCAAGUAUAACCAGUGGUCGUCUAAAAGAUUUCGCAAUGAUUAGGGAUAAUCAACGUGAAGAUCCAGAUAUGACUACAUCAGUUACGUUAAACUCUGGAGCUAAUCCACCACGUAGCCGAUUACAAGGUGCAUCACUACUUAAAGACAUACGUGUAUUGGUUGAAGAUCAAAUUUGUAAUCAUUUAAAGGAUAAUGUUGCGAAGUUCAUUAAUUUAAGUAACUAUGAUGAUACUGAUGAUAAUAAUAGUGGUCAAACUAACAAUAACACCAAUAAAAAUGAUCAAUUAUUAAAUAAUUCUCAAACUGUUGAUGGACGUAAUGGUGUAAGUUAUAUAACUAAUACAAAAAUUAAACCAACUGAAAAUAUUGUACAUUUAACAUCGUGGUUAAAAUCAGUGUUCGAUUCAUUUUCAAACCUUCCGCCGAAAAUCGCGCAAACUGCUUGUAUAUCAGUCUGUAAACAUAUUGCUCGUUUAUUGUAUGAUGUUUUAUUUGGUUCUCAACAUUUACUUCAUAUUUUAGGUGCGUUCUCUUUCCGAAACGGGUCUUCAACAAUUAAGUAUUGAUUUAUCUUUGUGUGAAUCAUUUGCACGUUCACAACCUGUUCCAGGCCUAGAUCGUACUACUCUUUGGUUGAUUUUUGCUGAUUUAAGACAGUUAUUGGAUUUAUAUCACAAAGAUGAUUGGACUUCAUACAUUGCAUUUCGUAAAAAUGUUACCGGAUCGGGAAAAUAUGGCAGUGCUUAUGAUCGUGUUCCACCGAGUGUAGCAAUUAAACUAUUAGAACGUUUACGUGAUUCCGAUAAAAAGCGUACUGGAUUCCUUCAAGCAAUGCGUAAAGAGGAACGUGGUCGAAAGAAAAAACUCGAAGAUAUAAUUCGUCAAUUACGUGAAUUAAAUGUUACACCUCGAAAUAAUUAAUCUUAAAAUUUCAUAAUUAGAAAGGGAAAAUAAUGGAACUUAUCUAGAGCGGAAUAUCACCAUUUCUCUUAUUUGCUUUAUCCACAUUCAAAACAGCUUCGUCAGUUUCCAUGCUGUUUCAUAUAUAUAUAUAAAGCUUACAUAUUUUCAUGUAAAAAGUUACAUACUAAUUUUUUGAUUUAUAUGUUCUUUUGUUUCUUUCAUCACCAAAUAUGUACACAUAAAUUUGUAAAGUACUACAUAUUUUUUAUUUAUAGCUGAAACAAUGCAAAUGUUAAUUCCUUGAUU